AUGGAUUCAUCAGAGAGAAAUGCUAACCGGAAUUUCACUCCAGCUUCCUCUGCCACCACCCAACCUCUUCUAGAUUCCGAUUCUUCUUCAACUCCUCCUCCUGAGUAUCCAAAUGGUUGGGCUCCUUGGUCAUCCGGCCUCUUCGACUGCGGUGCCGAUAUUAAGAACUGUGGCAUAACAAUGUGGUGUCCAUGCAUUACCUACGGUCAGAUCUCAGAGACCCUGUUUGAGAAUGCAAACUGUGUUUCAGAAGGAACAAUCUAUACACUUCUAAUGUUCUUACCCGGCUUAAAUUGCUUUUGCUCGACUCUCAAUCGGUUAUGUAUGAGGCAGCGAUUUGCCUUCGAAGAGAGUCCUUGUGAGGAUUGUCUGGUUCAUUGUUUCUGUGAGCAAUGUGCCCUUUGCCAAGAGUAUAGAGAGCUCAAAAGCCGUGGUUUCGACAUGAACAUCGAAGGAUGGAGAAGAGGUAACAUGGAAAGGCAGAUCCUAGAAGCAGCAGCAGAAGCUGGAGUGGAGAAGGCUCCCACCGUGCCCCAAAGCACGAGUCGCAUGGCCUGUAAGAGUGACUAA